UUGUCAGAGAGAAAUAAAGGAGAGAUUUUUCAAUUUGGGAAAUUAGGGUUCCAAUUUGUAUUCAAUUCAGAGAUUCUUCUUUCGAACUAUGUUCACGCCACAGAGAAAACCGUGGAUGUCACCGGCGAUGACGACGCCGAGAAGCGAGACCCACAAAAUCGGCGGUGUUACUAACCCUAGGACCGCUGAUAAAAAGGGAAAAGCUGUUGCUUUCAGCGAUGACCUAGUGAUUUCGACUCUUCCGCCGCCUCCGAUUGGUACACUCACCGGAGAAGGCGUUUCUCGUGUUCUGGCUGACGAUACGGAUAUGGGUGAUUGGAGAAGGUUUAGGGAGGUGGGUUUAUUGGAUGAGGCUUCUAUGGAGAAGAAAGAUAGAGAAGCUCUUCUUGAAAAGGUCUCCACGCUUGAAAAAGAGUUAUAUGGCUACCAGCACAAUAUGGGUCUUCUUCUCAUGGAGAACAAAGAGUGGGCUUCCAAGCACGAACAACUAAAUCAGGCAUUCCAAGAAGCUCAAGAAAUCCUUAAAAGGGAACAGUCAUCACAUCUGUAUGCAUUGACGACUGUCGAACAACGCGAAGAAAACUUGAGGAAAGCCUUGGGUUUGGAAAAGCAAUGUGUGGAAGAGCUUGAAAAGGCUCUUCGUGACAUUCAAGAGGAGAAUAGCAAGGUAAGGCUCACUUCUGAAGCUAAAUUAGCUGAAGCAAAUGCCCUGGUUGCUAGUGUGAACGGGAGAUCUUCAGACGUGGAAAACAAGAUUUACUCUGCCGAAAGCAAACUCGCAGAGGCAACUAGAAAGAGCUCGGAGUUGGAAAUGAGAUUAAAGGAAGUGGAGACUCGUGAAAGCGUCAUGCAACAAGAGCGGCUUUCAUUUGCUAAAGAGCGAGAAUCAUAUGAGGGGAUUUUCCACAAGCAAAGAGAGUACCUUCAUGAAUGGGAGAAAAAGCUUCAAGAAAAGGAAGAAUCCAUGCCUGAGCAAAAAAGAAGCCUGAAUCAAAAAGAGGAAAAGGUUAAUGAAAAAGAAAAGAAACUGACGCUGAAAGAAAAGGAACUUGAAGAAUGGAAUAGAAAAGUUGAUUUGGCUAUGUCAAAGUGUAAGGAAACCGAAGAGGACAUAACUAAACGUUUAGAAGAAUUGACUACAAAAGAGAAUGAAGCUCACACACUCCAGAGCAGGCUAGUAGAAAAGGAGAAGGAGUUACAAGCAUUUGAAGAGAGGCUCAUUGCUAGAGAAGGGACAGAAAUUCAAAAGCUUAUUGAUGAUCAGAAAGAGGCAUUAGCUGCUAAGAUGCUGGAAUUUGAACUGGAAUGUGAAGAAAGAAGAAAAUCCUUGGACAAGGAACUCCUAAGGAAGAUAGAAGAACUUGAACGACAGAGAGUUGAACUUGACCAUAAUGAGGAGAAAUUGCAGAAAAGGAAUCAAGCAAUCAAUAAGAAGUUUGACCGAGUGAAUGAAAAGGAAAUGGAACUUGAAGCAAAAUCAAAAACUAUUAAAGAAAAAGAAAAGAUCUUACAAGCUGAGGAGAAAAAGGUAAGUUUGGAAAAGCAACAGCUGCUUUCUGAUAGAGAAAGUCUCGAAGACCUACAGCAAGAACUUGAAAAAAUCCGAUCUGAGAUGAUGAAAAAGGAGGAAUUAAUCCAGGAAGAAUUCAAAAGUCUUGAAAUCAAGAAAGAAGAGAGGGACGAAUUCAUGAGAUUGCAGUCUGAACUCAAGUCCCAGAUAGAGAAAUCUAGACUCCACGAGGAGUUUCUUUCUAAGGAAGUUGACAAUCUGAAACAGGAGAAAGAGAGAUUUGAAAAGGAGUGGGAAAUAUUGGAUGAGAAGCAAGCAGAAUACAAUAAAGAGCGACUACAAAUGUCUGAAGAAAAAGCAAAGUUUGAGAGGUUUCAACUGUUGGAAGGAGAAAGAUUGGAGAAAGAAGAGAGUGCUUUGAGGGUACAAAUAAUGCAGGAACUGGAUGAUAUCAGACUGCAGAGAGAAUCAUUCGAAGCCAGUAUGGAACAUGAACGCUCAGCAUUACACGAAAAAGCCAAACUUGAGCAAUCUAAGGUGAUUGAAGAUCUUGAAAUGACGAGAAGGAAUCUUGAAAUUGAACUUCAGAGAAGAAAAGAACAAGACGAGAAAGAUCUACAAACUAGAGUGGCUCUUUUUGAGGACAAAAAAAUGAUCGAGCUUAGUGAUAUCAAUCACCAGAAGCAGGCUUUGAAUAGGGAGAUGGAAGAAAUGUUGUCCAAAAGGAGUGCCCUCCAAAAGGAAAGUGAAGAAAUUGCAAAGCACAAAGAGAAACUGAAAGAGCAGCAAUUAGAGAUGCAUAAUGAUAUCGGUGAACUUAGUACACUAAGCAUCAACCUCAAGAAACGUAGGGAAGUGUUUGCUCGUGAAAGAGCUCGUUUUCUAGCAUUUGUUCAAAAGCUCAAGGACUGUGGGAGUUGUGGGCAGCUGGCGAAUGAGUUUGUACUCUCUGAUCUCCAACUACCAUCUAAUGAAGAAGAAGCUAUACUACCUCCUACUGGAGUUUUAAGUGAUCUUCCAGGAAGCUCUGACGAGUCUGACUCUUGUAAUAUUAAGAAAUCUCUGGACGGAGAUGCCUCUGGAAGUGGGGGAUCUAGGAGGCCCAACACGUCGAUACUGCAGAAAUGCACUUCAAUAUUUUUCUCACCAAGUAAAAAAACUGGACAUGGGAUUAACACAGACAAGUCUGACCAGCGUCCAUCCUCCUCAGUGGCAGUUAAUAUGGAAAAAAUAGGUGAAAAGCCUCUGCCAGUUGAUCUCCGACCAUGUCCAUCUAAUAGCUCAAUUCCGGAGGAGGAUGAGGAAUAUACAGACAGUAGAGUACAAGAAACUUCUGAGGGUUCUCAGCUGUCUGAGCUUCAAAGUGCGAGGCGCGGGCGCGGACGUGGCAGACCUAGGAAAGUGAAACCUGCUUUGAAUCCUAAAAGUUUGGUUAAGCAUGCAGGCCCUGAAGAAUCAUCAAAAGAUGAAUUGAGUGGUCGUGUGUCUGUUACUAGCAAGAAGACAACAGGUGGAGGUGGAAGGAAAAGACAGCAUAUUGAAGAUACUGCUACUGGUGGACAUCGCAAGAGACAACAGACAGUUGCUGUCUUACCACAGACCCCUGGCCAAAGACGAUACAAUCUGAGGCGGAACAAGACUGACCAAGUUCCAGCAGAUGUUGAAGAUAAUGCAGCUGGUGGUGAAGAUGAUGCAGACAUUUCUCCUUCUGUGCCAUCAAAGGAAAAUGUGGAAGAAACUUCUGAAUCAGUGAUGGAAUCACUUCGAGCCAGAAGAUUAGAAACUUCAGAAGUUGGGGUUGAGAGAGUCGUAAUGGUUGAAACAAUUGCAAAUCUUGUUACUGCUGAUAACAAUGGGGGUGUUUCGGUGGCAAAUGCAGAACCAAUAGCUAAUAUCACGACGAGCCCCUCUGUUGAAGAUGACCAGAAGCAGAAUACAGUAAAUGAAGAUGAUAUGAAUGAGGAACAUGAGGAUGGAGAUGAAGAAGCUGAAGUCCAAGGUGAUGGUGAUGGUGAUGAUGAUGAUGAUGAUGAUGAUGAUGGUGAUGAUGAUGGUGAUGAUGAUGAAUCACCAAGACCCGGUGAAGGAUCCAUAAGUAAGAAGCUUUGGACUUUUCUCACAACAUAACCAUCUGACGUGGAUGAUCUAGGAGAUGUUACUUUCAACAUUUAUUUUGUAAAACCAUUUAUAGCUUCUUGGAUCCAAAGAAAAAACCCUUUUGAUAGGGGUAAACGGGUGAAGUUAGAGAAUUAUAAACAGAGGCGUGUGUUUUUAAUGGAUGUACUUUGAAUUGACAGAACAUAAAAGCCAGAAUCCGGAAGGAUAUUAUUGAUUACAAAAUAAAUGUCAAAGGAUUAAUUUCAGAAAA